CUAUAAGGGUAUGUUUGGCGAAAAGCAGAAUGUAGGAAGGGAAAUUAGAUAAAAGCCCUGAAUAAAACGGAAAAAGAAAUCCUCUCUUCUGUGCAAUAAAUUAAGCUCCCGGUAGGUGACGCUCUCUGCCAACACGGAGCACAACCUUGCCGAGGAAAGGCGCACACUGAGUCGAGCUUAACGAUUCUCAUCUCGUCAUCAUUUGUAACCACAGAGCAUGAAUUACCUCUUGAAGUCAUCAGUGAGAAUUUACGACUGGUCAACAAAAGCACGUGAUUCCCAAACGCACCCCCACCCCCCCAUAUUUGGCUGCAUACAUAGCAAAAACGAAGUACAGUGCAUUGCUAUAAUUCAUUAAUACAUCAUAAAUCGUGAAAACACGGCGUUAUAACGAGCGAGAUCUACAAAUCAAGCCCUCCACAAUAAGCUAAAUGAGCUCUUACUUUGUAAACUCGUUCUCAGGGCGCUACCCAAAUGGCCCCGACUACCAGUUACUAAAUUAUGGAAGUAGCAGCAGCGCUAUGAGCGGCUCGUACAGGGACUCCGGCACCAUGCACUCGGGCUCUUAUGGCUACAGCUACAAUGGAAUGGACUUGAGCGUCAAUCGUUCAACGGCCAACAACCACUUUGGGGCUGUUGGUGACAACUCCCGGGCGUUCCAGCCGUCGGCCCCCGAGUCUCGGUUCAGGCAGCCGUCGAGCUGCUCGCUCUCGUCUCCCGACUCCCAUCCCUGCGCGAGCACCACCGAAACUCUGGGACUGAAAAGCUCCGCUUCCCCUUCGGACCAGAACAACACCACGACCGGCAGCAGCAGCAGCGCGCAUUUCACAGAAUUAGACGAAACGAGCGCUUCUUCCGAGACUGAGGAGGGUACGAACAGAAGCAGCAACCCCAUCGCCCGGACACAGCAGCAGCAGCAGCAACAGCAACAGCAGCAGCAGCAGCAGCAGCAGCAGCAAGAAUCCACGGCGACCUCGACCACAGCAUCGGGCGAUGGGCAGGCGCCGCAAAUAUUCCCCUGGAUGCGGAAGCUACAUAUCAGCCAUGAUAUGACUGGACCAGAUGGGAAAAGGGCCCGAACUGCAUACACCCGCUACCAGACGCUAGAGCUGGAAAAAGAGUUCCAUUUCAAUAGAUAUCUAACCCGCAGGAGGAGGAUAGAGAUAGCCCACGCGCUGUGUCUCUCGGAACGCCAAAUUAAGAUCUGGUUCCAGAACCGGAGGAUGAAAUGGAAGAAAGACAAUAAACUGAAAAGCAUGAGCCUUGCAACUGCGGGCAGCGCCUUCCAGCCCUGAUUAUCACUCAAAGAGUACAAUGAGAAGUAAACGAGAAAAUAAAACACUAUUCCUCUGAGUACUGUACAGUGCAGCCCCUCUCGGUAUGUC